CCAAUAGGUUCUCCCAAUCCACAAUGGCUCCCCACUCUAGUUUUUUUUGUUUGGGUUGCACCAUUUUUGGAGUCAAAACUUCACAUAUGAGUUUUUCACCCCUUGCAUUGCGGGUAGCGUAAUAGUCCCAUUCGAAUCCCGAAUUUGAUUCUUGGCAAGAGUCCGACAAAAAGAACUGAACGGCGGCAAAAACACGCCACUCCAAUUUCCUCUGCGGCUGCUAAAGACAAGGAUCCUUCAUUUGUCGGCGCCCUAUUUGCCUUUCCAAAUGCUUUUUCAUCUGUUCAAAGUCCACCCGCAGAUCAUGCAUUCAGUAACCUGCCUUUUGACCGUCCCUCUUACCAGAAUGGAGCUGCACGGCAUUGAAGCAAUUUGCUUGCAAUGCCCUCUUGGGUCUCUUCCCUUUUUAUCAACCAAUAGGUGGAAAGCUGAAAACCACCAAGUCCAACAAUCUCUUGUCAUUGUAAAAUCAUUCGGAUCACUGACUUACAAUAUUUAGCUUAUACCGGCACUUAAGAUGCUCUUUCGGAACUCAGAGGAUUGCUUGGAUAGUGUUUGAGAAUAUGAUUCACUGAACUUUAACAUCCUUUUCUGGGAUAGAAGGCGUAGAACAUAAGAAUAAACAAUCAAAGGGUAAUUAUUUUCUACCUGCUACAAGGGAGUGAAGAUGGAUGCAGCUCUGGCUAUGGAUGAUAUGGCAAUGAGGAACCGCAGUAGAAGGAACUCGACUUCUGUAAGUCUUAUGGAGAUGUUUGCUGCAUCAGGAAGAGAUGUAUUCCAGAGAAUUGAUGAGGAGAAUGAUAGUGAGGAAGACUUGAGGUUGGCUGCUAUUGAGAGACUUCCUACAUAUGAUCGAUUGAGGAAAGGGAUCCUGAAGCGAACACUGGAUGAUGGAAGAGUUGUGCAUCAAGAAGUUGAUGUUCAAAAUCUUGGGAUGCAUGACAAGAAGCUACUCUUGGAACGUAUUUUGAAAGUUGUGGAAGAGGACAACGAGAGGUUCCUUCGAAGACUCAGAGAUAGGAUUGAUAGGGUAGGAAUUGAUAUUCCGAAAAUCGAAGUGCGAUAUCAGGAUCUAUCCAUUGAAGGAGAUGCAUAUGCUGGAUCUCGGGCAUUGCCUACUUUGUUUAAUGCCACCAUAAAUGUGAUAGAGGUUCUCCAUUUAUUUCAAUAGUUUUCUACAAAAGAUAAGAGUUUUUCCAUCCAAGAAAAGAGUAAUCAAGAUACUCUACGAUGUGAAUGGAAUUAUAAAACCUUCAAGGAUGACACUACUUCUUGGGCCUCCCGGAUCUGGAAGAACAACAUUCUUGAAAGCACUAGCUGGAGCAUUGGACAAGGAUCUCAGGGUUGAGGGUAAGAUCACUUAUUGCGGUCAUGAGAUGUCAGAAAUAAUUCCUCAACGUACCUGUGCUUAUAUCAGCCAGCACGACCUCCACCAUGGAGAGAUGACAGUGAGAGAGACAUUCGACUUUGCCGUACGUGCUUUAGGUGUUGGAACUAGAUACAAACUUCUCACAGAAUUGUCCAGACGAGAAACUGAUGCGGGAAUUAAGCCUGAUCCCGAGAUAGAUGCAUUUAUGAAAGCCACUGCUAUAGCAGGCCAAGGAUCCAGUUUGGUCACAGACUACGUGCUCAAGAUACUUGGUUUGGAGUUAUGUGCUGAUAUAGUGGUGGGUAAUGAGAUGAUGAGGGGCAUAUCAGGGGGACAGAAGAAACGUGUUACCACAGGAGAAAUGCUGGUUGGUCCUGCAAAAGUUUUUUUCAUGGAUGAAAUAUCUACAGGUCUUGACAGCUCCACCACAUUCCAAAUUGUGAAAUACAUGAGGCAAAUGGUCCAUAUAAUGGAUGUGACGAUGAUAAUAUCGCUUCUUCAACCCGCACCAGAAACAUUUGAGCUUUUUGAUGACAUCAUUUUGCUUUCAGAGGGACAAAUAGUCUACCAUGGUCCACGAGAUAAUGUUAUAGACUUUUUUGAGUGUGUGGGAUUUAAAUGUCCAGAAAGGAAAGGAGUUGCUGACUUUCUACAAGAAGUAACAUCUCUCAAGGACCAAGAACAGUAUUGGUUUAGAAAAAAUGAACCUUAUCAAUAUAUUUCAGUCACUGAAUUUGCAGACCUAUUUAGAAACUUUCAUGUUGGGCACAAACUAUAUGAUGAGCUCUCAGUUCCUUAUGACAAGAGUAGAACCCAUCCUGCAGCACUAGAAACUAAGAAUUAUGGUAUUUCCAAUAUGGAACUCUUCAAGGCAUGCUUAUCUAGGGAAUGGCUGCUGAUGAAACGCAACUCUCUCCUGUACAUAUUCAAGACAUUCCAGAUUACUAUAAUGUCAAUAAUUGCUUUUACAGUGUUCUUUAGGAGCAAGAUGAAAUCUGGGACGGUUGGAAAUGGAGGAAAGUUUUAUGGAGCUCUGUUUUUUAGUCUCCUCAACGUGAUGUUUAAUGGUACAGCAGAGCUUGCACUGACCAUGUUCAGGCUUCCUGUUUUCUUCAAACAGAGGGAUUCUUUAUUUUUCCCUGCUUGGGCUUUUGCACUCCCAAUUUGGCUAAUGAGAAUGCCCCUCUCAUUUAUGGAAUCAUUCAUAUGGGUUAUUCUUACUUACUACACCAUUGGCUUUGCUCCUGCUGCUAGUAGGGUAUUUCGCCAAUUCCUGGCCUUCUUCUCCUUACAUCAGAUGGCUUUGUCCCUUUUCCGUCUUAUGGUGGCACUUGGAAGAAUAGAAGUGGUAGCAACCACUUUGGUUACUUUCACUUUGCUGGUAGUAUUUGUGCUUGGUGGUUUCAUUGUUGCUAAAGAUGACCUGGAACCAUGGAUGAAGUGGGGAUAUUACAUGUCUCCUAUGUCUUAUGGCCAGAACGCGAUAGCUAUCAAUGAAUUUCUUGAUAAAAGAUGGAGCUCUGUAAGCCCAUUAAUGAUUCAAGGUUCCGUGAGCAUACGGUAGGCAAGCUGCUUCUUAAGUCAAGGGGAAUGUAUUUAGAUGACUACAUGUAUUGGAUAUGCAUCAUCGCCCUCUUAGGCUUCUCAGUUCUCUUCAAUGUUUGCUUUGUCAUUGCACUAACAUACUUAAACCCUAUUCGAGGCUCCAAAUCUAUUAUUUUGGAUGAGGAAGACAAUAAUAUUAAGACGAAAGGCCAAUCAAACCCCUUUGGUGAAGCAGCAGCAUACCAGGCUUCAGCAUCUACACCUCCAACCUCUGAAGUAAGGCAUUCUGAACAAAGCUCUAGCGUGGAACAAAAUGCAGUGAAGAUGAAGGGGAUGGUGCUUCCUUUCCAACCGCUGUCUCUUGCAUUCAACCAUAUCAAUUACUAUGUUGAUAUGCCAGCUACUUAUGGUAUAUUCAUCAGGAAAUGCAAAAACAAGGAAUCCAAGAGAGACGACUCCAAUUGUUGAGAGAUGUUAGUGGAUCUUUCAGGCCAGGAGUUCUAACAGCAUUGGUUGGUGUGAGUGGAGCUGGGAAGACUACUUUGAUGGAUGUCUUAGCAGGAAGAAAAACAGGUGGAUAUAUCGAGGGAUACAUCAGCAUUUCUGGUUUCCCCAAGAAUCAAUCAACUUUUGCUCGAAUAAGCGGUUAUUGUGAACAGAAUGAUAUCCAUUCUCCACAUGUUACCGUAUAUGAAUCUCUUAUAUAUUCUUCCUGGUUGCGUCUUUCUCCAGAUGUGAAUAAGCAAAAAAGAAAGAUGUUCAUUGAGGAAGUGAUAGAGCUGGUUGAGUUGAACCCCUUGAUUAAUUCUCUAGUUGGACUCCCUGGUGUGGAUGGUCUCUCAACAGAGCAGAGGAAAAGGUUGACAAUAGCCGUGGAACUUGUAGCUAACCCAUCCAUCAUCUUCAUGGAUGAACCCACAUCAGGUCUGGAUGCUAGAGCUGCUGCCAUUGUAAUGCGGACCGUGCGAAACACUGUGGAUACGGGACGGACCGUUGUGUGUACUAUUCACCAACCCAGCAUAGAUAUCUUUGAAGCAUUUGAUGAGUUAUUGCUGAUGAAGAGGGGAGGGCAAGUCAUCUAUGCCGGGUCCCUAGGUCAUCACUCUCGCUCGCUGAUACAAUAUUUUGAGGCUGUACUUGGGGUUCCUAAGAUAAAAGAGGGAUAUAAUCCAGCUACCUGGAUGCUGGAGAUCAGUGCUCCUGCAGUUGAGGCUCAACUUGAUUUGGACUUUGCAAACAUUUAUGCGGAUUCUGAUCUCUAUCGGUAGUUGGGAGUUAUAAAUGAUUUCAGUCUCAACUUGUUACACUUUUACUCUGAUGCCAAUGGAUUUGUGUUUUCAUAGGAGGAAUGAAGAACUCAUUGAACAGUUGAGCACUCAUGUGCCCGGUUCCCAGGACCUACACUUCCCCACAAAAUAUGCCCAACCCUUCUUUACUCAGUGCCAUACAUGCUUUUGGAAAAUGCACUUGUCAUACUGGAGACAUCCACAGUACAAUGCCAUACGUUUUUUCAUGGCUGUAAUAACAGGAAUUGUAUUUGGAGUCAUUUUCUGGAAAAAAGGGAGUAAAUUGUCCAAACAGCAAGACCUCACAAACCUCGUGGGAGCUAUGUAUGCUGUUGUUAUGUUUCUUGGUUCAUCAAAUACUUCGGCUGUGUUGUCUGUCAUAUCAGUAGAAAGGACAGUCUUCUAUCGAGAACAAGCAGCUGGGAUGUAUUCUGCACUGCCUUAUGCCUUUGCUCAGGUGGCGAUUGAGGCUAUCUACAUUGCAAUCCAAACGUUUAUCUACAGCCUUAUACUCUACUCGAUGAUUGGAUUCCCUUGGGAAGCACACCGCUUCUUUUGGUUUUACUAUUACGUCUUCAUGUGCUUCUUAUACUUCACAAUGUACGGGAUGAUGCUCAUUGCACUCACUCCAAACUACCAAAUUGCUGCCAUUGUCAUGUCAUUCUUCCUCAACAUUUGGAAUCUAUUUUCAGGAUUUCUCAUUCCAAGAACGCAAAUCCCAAUAUGGUGGAGGUGGUACUACUGGGGCUGCCCCGUCGCCUGGACGUUAUAUGGCCUCGUAACGUCUCAAGUUGGAGACAAAACUGAGUUGGUAAAGAUUCCCGGGAGUGUUGAUAUGAGCGUCAAUGAUUAUCUCAAAGACAACUUGGGCUAUGAUUAUGACUUCCUUGGAGCUGUUGCUGCGGCUCAUGUUGGCUGGGCACUUUUCUUUUGCUUUGUGUUUGCUUAUGGAAUCAAGUUCCUUAAUUUCCAAAAGAGAUAAAGGUGAAGAUGAAAAAACCUGUAAUGUGGCUUGGCAAGUAGGGUGAUAUUGAUAAGAGGGAGUAGUUAUAAUGUUUUGCAGAGAUGUUUUUUAUAAGCGUCUACUAAGACUCUAAUAUCACUACAAAAUACAUGUAUUUUUUUGAGUUUUUUCGUGGAAUAUUAUUAA